CAGUAUCGGUGAAUCUGCAGAUACGUCCUGCGCGAAACAGUACCCAUAAAUGAUAGAUUUUUUGUUCAAAUUCACUCGAUCAGUACAUUAUAUUCUAUGUUAAUUCGACACUUUUAUUGGAUAUUAUUUCAAGGAAAAAAUCCAACAUGAAUUACAUCCGUGGAUUAGUCCUCAUCGUACUCAUCGUCGAGGCUAGCUCGAUCGAAUUACCGAGCGAUUUCCAAGUCUGCGAUCGACAUUCGCCGUCAUUCUUGGAAUGCACGUCAAGGGCAGCGACCGACGCUAUUGUUUCGUUGAGUCAAGGUUUGAAAAGCUUUAAAAUAUUUCCUCUCGAGCCGCUGCAAGCUGGGGACGUGACGAUCGGCAAAAGCGGCGGGCCCGUUUCCGUUAAGCAGAGUUACAAAAAUGCUAAACUUUAUGGGCUCACGAAGGGAUUCAAAUUGGAUUACGAGGCGAUCGAUUUUGACAAGCUCGUUUUCCGGAGCAAGGCGUUCAACGACCAGGUCGAUUUUGUCGCCGAUUAUACGAUGGACGGACAAAUCUUGCUGCUGCCCAUUCGGGGGAAAGGCCACUCGAACGUGACGAUGCUUGGCCUGAAAACAAAAGCCACGAUGGAGUGUGAGAAGUUCGAGAAAGACGGAGAAACGUACUUGCGAGUGUUGAAAUACGAUUGCAAAUUCACGCCCUCAAAGGUCCUGCUCGACUUCACUAAUCUAUUCAACGGAGAUCCAGUUCUCAGCGCUCAGAUGAACAAAUUUUUGAACGAGAAUUCGGACCUUGUCUUCAAAGAAACCCAGAAAGAAUACGAGGAAACAUUUUCCUUGAUUUUUGCCAAAAUUGCCAACGACAUUUUCAGUCGAGUUCCUAUGAAUAAAAUAUUCCUGUUGGAAAAUAGUGUGAUUAGAACAGUCAAAAUGAAAUAUUUCGUUGGAUUAAUUAUUGCGGUGUUCGUCGUCGUCGAAUCUAAUGCCGCCCAUUUGCCCAGCCACUUCAAGAAGUGCAGCUAUAAAUCGCCAAACUUCAAGGAUUGUCUCUCGAGUGCAGUCGCCGAUGCAAUUGUCUCAAUGGCCGGAGGUCUGAAGUCAUUCAAAAUUCUACCGCUUGACCCAUUGGCAGUUGACAGCGUAUCUAUCGGCGACAAUGGUGGCGUUGUUUCAAUACAACAAGAUUAUCAAAAUGUCAAGGUUCAUGGACUGGCGCAAGGAUUAAGAUUAAAAUAUGAAUAUAUAAGCGAUGACCUGUUAACAACACGAUCGGUUGCUUGGAACGACCGUGUCGACUUUGUCGGUGACUAUGCUCUGAAUGGAAAAGUUUUGAUUUUGCCUAUUACAGGAAAAGGUCGCGCGAACAUCACCAUGUUCGAUCUUCAAACAGUGAGCACUGUCCACUGUGAAAAGUACGAAAAAAAUGGCGAGCAGUAUGUGAGAACGACGAAAUAUGAGGUAAAAUUAAUCCCGAAGAAAGUGAUGUACAAUUUCACGAAUUUGUUCAACGGCGAUGAGGUCCUCGGUACACAAAUGAACAAAUUUUUGAACGAGAAUUGGGAGGUGGUGUUCAAAGAAACUCAGGAAUCUUUCGAGGAGACAUUCGGUCUGCUUUUCGUCAACAUCGCUAACAAUAUUCUCAGCAGAGUUCCUUUGAGUGAAUUAUUCCCUGAUGAAUAAUGAGAAUUUCUUGGUUAUACCUAAGAAUAUUUUCAGAGUUUUACAUGCAUGUUUUUCAAGAUCAUUGAAGAACACUUUCAUCGGAGACACUCACGCACGCACUCACGUAUACAAAGCUGGAGGAAACAAAAUGUAUAUUUAUGUACAAAAACUUUAUUGUUUGAUUCGCAAAUAAAUCUACCAUAUACUAACGAUCUUUAA